AUUAACUAAAAACUCACUGGGUACAUGUGUUUGGCCUCAUAAAAAUUGUAAACGCACAUGCGUAUUGCGAAUCGUGUUCGAACCAAUCAGAGCCAAUGUUCGUAUAAUGGCCGAAAAGUCGUCAGACGAUGGGUAUAAUCCCUCAUUGAUCGAAUAAGGCUCGUGUUAUGAAAAAAAUUACUAUCUGUUAAUUUUCUACCACUUUUUAUUGAUUUCUAUUCUAUUUAAUAGAGUGAUUCGAUAAUUAAAUAUGGCUGGUACAGUUAAAUCAGGCCCUCAGGAUUUGCCACCUGAAGGAGGAUAUGCACCUUUUCAUUAUGAAAGAUCUAAACUUCGUACUAUUAUUGGAGGUCGCCUUGGCACUGCCCUUUUCUAUGGCAUUUCUCUUGGUGGAUUUUAUCUGUAUUUUUUAAAUCUUAGAGAUGUUAGAAAAAGUCAGAUUGAGAUGAGAAGUUCACGAUUUGCAAUAACUCCCUUAUUAGAAGCAGAAAGAGAUAGAGCGCUUAUUAAACACAUGAAACGUGUAAGAGAUGAAGAAGCUGAUUUGAUGAAAGAUGUUGAAGGGUGGGAAGUGGGAACAUUGUAUGGAACACCAAUAUUCUAUCAAGAGAGACCUGAAUAUUUUGAACCUCGACCAACUGAUGCUUAUGUAUUUUCAGAUCCUAACGACUUUGUCAAUCGUUUAUUCCGUAUAGCAUAUUUAUAAAUUUUUCUUCUGAAAAUAUUGUAUAAUAGUAUAUUAAAUAAUAGAAAACUAUAAGUAACAA